UCGAACAAAGCGUAUACAGUAGAGCAAGUACACUGGUUGCGGUACCACCGCGAAGACUUGCAACUCCCCUGGCCUCAAGUGCACGCUUACUUCAGCCGCUGCUUCCCGGAUACUGAGCGCUUGACGGAAUCAUGCCUCAGCAGCCGCUAUUACCGCAACAACGUGGUGCCCAAGCUUGAUGGAAAUGGUGGCUCGGUAUUAGAUAGCAACGGCAAGGUUGUUAUGAUUCCUGCGAAGGUGAGAGAUAGGGUUACUACAGAGGGGAAGAUGAAGCCGUUCUUGUUUGUUGAUAAGCAUCCGGAGUUUGCCCUAGUUUACGACUGGGUGAAGCAGAAUGACAAG